AUGUCAGAUUCAUUGAACAUGACCCUUGAUGAAAUUGUCAAGAGGAGUAAGACUGCAGCAAAGUCUGGAGUUAAUAAAGGAAUUUCCCGCCGUGGUGGCCGUGGAGCAAAGGGUUCUCUCGGAGCUGGAAGAGGAGCUGGACCUGUACGCAGAGGUCCUCUUGCUGUAAACGCUCAACAAUCAUCCUUCGCUAUUAACAAGCUUGCCCGCAGGAAGAGGAGCUUCCCACUGCAGAGUGAUUUGUUUGAAGCAAGCCUGAGAGCUGCUGGUGUAUCAGGAGUUGAAAUCGGAACCACGGUUUAUGUUACCAACCUUGAUCAAGGAGUAACGAAUGACGACAUAAGGGAGCUCUUUGGUGAGGUUGGAGAGGUGAAAAGAUUUGCACUCCACUAUGACCAAAACGGCCGUCCAAAUGGCUCGGCUGAAGUUGUGUACAUGAGAAGAAGCGAUGCGAUUCAAGCUUUGAAGAGAUACAACAACGUACUGUUGGAUGGAAGGUCUAUGAGACUGGAGAUUGUCGGUGGUGGAAACACCGAGGCUGCUCCUUCUGGAUUGAACGGAAGGGUGAAGAGGACUGUUUCAAUUGGACAAGGGAUUAGAGGUGGGAGAGGAGGAAGAGGACGAAGUGUAGCUCCUUUUGCGAGACGCCUUCCAAUUGGCAGCAGCCAAAACAACAAACAAGGAGGUGUUAGUGGCGGUCGAGGUGGGUUUCGUGGUGGUAGAGGCCGAGGCGGUGGUGGUGGUGGCAGAGGGGCUAAAAGCGGCGGCCGAGGUGGGAAGAAGUCGGCUGCAGAUCUAGACAAGGAUCUUGAGAGCUAUCACGCAGAAGCUAUGAACAUCUCUUAA